UUGACAUUUAACAUAAAAAAGCAAUCUUCUAUCAACUAAUAAAAAUAUUAAGAUCAAAGAAAAUUGGAAAUAAACCAGCAUCACUCUUUUAUGAUGAUUUAAUUGCUAUAGAAAGAUGUUCAAGCUUACAAAUUCACUUUCCGGUGAGUCAUUUAGCAUUUAAUAAUAAAGCAUGUAUUUCCUAAUUAUACAUACAGUAAUGGAAGUGGUCUAGAAUUGUAAAUGUAUGUUUCAAGAAAAGUUCUUCUGAGUUCGACAACCACUAAUGACGCUAAAGGAGGCGGGAUCGAAAAAAAAACAAGUUACCUCGAGGUUUGCUCAUUCACUAUAACGUAAGAAUUUAGGUCUUUGGAUGUGUAGGUUCCGGAAUUACCAAUGUUUACCAUGUGGCCUUAUUCACCUAUAAAACUGAAGGGAAUAAAGUUAAAAAUUCAGUCAAACAGUCGAAUCUCUCACGGCAAAGAUGGUGUUCAGAUACUCAUCAUUGGUUCUUGCACUUCUUGCUAUUUCAUCUAAUUAUCAACAAAUAUUUUCAUUUGAAUUUCCAAAGGACGAUUUUGAACCACGAUCAUUUGUUCCUGCUCAAUAUCCUCAGAAUGGAUACCGACCACAAGGGUACAUCCCCAACGUGGACUAUGCCCAAGGAAAUACUAGAUAUCCUAGUUAUCCAUCAGAAAAUAGACGCUACCCUCCAGUAAAUCCAAACUAUGGAUUAGCAUAUCCAGGUCCUUAUGCUAACUCACAAGCAAAAGCUGACGCAUCUGCAUCAGCAUAUGGACCAAAUUCCAAUGCUAAUAGCAAAGCUGAUGCAUCAUCUCAGAAUGGAUAUGCAAACAGCAAUGCUCAAGCCAACGUUCAAUCAGGAGGAAACAGAUACAAUCCUUAUUAUCCGUCAUACAAUCCAUCCUAUAAUCAACCUUCCAGUGCAUCAAGUUCAGCUUCUGCUACAUCAGGAAUCGUCAAUGGUUUACCUGUUGCUUCUUCAAGUGCUGCUGCUUCAGCUGCUUCCCAAAAUGGGCUUGCAAAUGCUCUAGCAAAUGCUCUGGCUUCUUCUCCUCAAAAUCAAGGAUAUGGAGGACCAAAUCAAUAUGGAGGAUCGAAUCAAUAUGGAGGACCAUUUUAUUUCAGACCUAGGAUAGGUGAAGACGGAAGUGAAGAAAGUGAUAGCAAGGACGGCGAGAAAAAUCAAGAAACUAAUGAAGAAAUGACUGAAAAAUCUGAAACUGAAGAACAAAAAGAAACAAAUAAUGAAACUACAUCAAAUGAUGCUAUUAUUUUUGAAAAUUAAUCCAUUUAUUAAUAAUGUUACAUGAUUUAAUAAAAAUAUUUUCUUAUAAACUUCA